AUCCCGUGCGUGAUGUUGGCGCAUGGAUUAACGUGAACAAAUAGCCGUAAUAUUGGGUUAUUAUUUGUAGACGACAUGAAUGGAGAGGUAGACGACCCAUUUCCCGUUGAGGACUGUCUUUUUGAAGAGACAUUUUCCAGCGACAGCGUGUACAAUUUGAGCGGACACAAGCUGCGGAUAAAGCAGGUGUUUGGAGCCAACCUCGGCGUGGCUGCUCCGGUCUGGGAGGCGGCGAUACAGCUGAGUAAUUACCUGGUGGAGCGGUCCGUGGAGUUGAAAGGGAGACGUGUAAUUGAACUGGGAGCUGGAACGGGAUUGCUGGGAAUCUUUGCAGCGCGACUGGGUGCAGUAGUGACCCUCACAGACCUGCCCAUAGCUCUGCCUCCUCUCCAGGCUAACGUCAGUGCAAACACGCCCCCUGGUGGUUGGUCUACUGCUCCCACAGUCCUGCCUCUGUCCUGGGGUAAAGACCAUCUAACCUUCCCUGCAGACUGGGACCUGGUUUUGGGCGCAGACCUCAUCUACCUCCCGGAGACCUUCCCGUUAUUGGUUGAGACUCUUGCUCACCUGUGCCACAGUGGGACAGUGGUGUUUUUCUGCUCCAAAAUGAGAAGAGAGCACAAAACACAGGAGUUUUAUGAACAAUAUCUGCCCACAAGGUUCAAAGUGGAGCUGGUAAAAAGUGAUGAACGUCAGAAUAUAAACAUUUAUGAAGUAACUCUGCAGACUUAAGAAAUAAUGGAAGAAGCAUGGUUUUAAAAGACAUUUGGGCUGUUGUGUGGAUCUGUAACAAAACAGAUGUGAAGUAGGAUUACAACAACUAGCUGGAUUACUUGUUAGAGGUCUAAUCAAUUAUUGAAAUAGUUCAGGUGCAAUUUAAAACCAGUGAUUGCUAUCUGGAACAUAAACAGAUUAAGCGGAUUAAAGCAGGUCUAAACAAGGUCUAAAAAACAAGACAAAACCACAACUUUGUGUGUUUCCGUUUGUCUAGAACAUGUUUAAUACCCAUCACAUCACAAAGACUCAAGAAUCAAAAUAACACAAGAAUAAUUAUGUUUUUGUGUACCUGUUAAUCUAAUCUAAUUCCAUCUUCAUAUUUUUACCUCUCUAUAGUGAAAUUAUUUAAACGAUUUCAAAGACUCAAUAGAAGAAAUUUGUUAGAUUAAUUUAAAAAAAAGUGACUUAAACCACUAAACAAAUUUAUUUCAAUCACCUAUCUGCAGACCGGCAGUUCGUUUCCAGCUUCAACCCGUGCAUAAUGCUGUGUCCUUUGGCACGACACUUCACCCACCUUGCCUUUAUAUGAAUGCGGUGUGUGGGUAAGUGAUUGGUGGUGUUGGGAGAGUCCGAUGGUGCAGAUUGGCCGGCUCGCUUUCAUCAGUCUACCUCAGGGCAGCUGUGGCUUCAGAAGUAGUGCACUUCACCAUCAAUAAUGAAUAAUGCCUUUUCAGUGUAGAGCUUUCAGAGGCUUGUCAAGCUAUGAAGCGUAAUGCAAACAUAAGGUAUCAUUAUUAUUGCCACAAAUUGAAGAAAUACAAGUAGAACGGUUGUGCACUGAUUGGAAAGUUAGAGGUUCGAAUCCCACUCUGGACAUAAACUUCAUUGGUUGAGCGGGCAGAUCCAUUAACCCACAGGUUGCCGGUGCGACUCCAGCUCCCACAGAUGAAUGCUGCUGUUGUGUUCUUGGGCAAGACACUUAACCCACCUCGUCCCCAGUGUCCACAUGAAUGUGCAUGUGAAUGGGUGAGUGGUUCCUUGAUGUAAAGCACUUUGAGUGACUUGAAGGUGGAAAAGCACUGUAUAAACAUUUUACUGUUUACACAUUUUUAUAUAGCGCUUACAGCAGUUACAGUCAUUUAUUAUAUAAUGCAUUCAUCUGGAGUCCGUUUUUAAAAAUCAAUCAAUGCAUUAUUAGUUAUGAGCAUCUGACAGUAACUUGUACAGUGUAGUGUGCUAGAAUUCUUGUCUGUCUAAUUGCAAUUUGCAGACCCAACAUGAUAAAAACAUUGAAAUAAUUGCUGAUAAUCGAUUCACUUUUAUCCCAUAGAAAACAAUGCGUGGUAUUCCAUUCACGGCGCUGUCUGCCUAUGGACUGUGCUGAUGUGGGGUUUCUGUUCAGGGGGAAAGCCUGUUUGUUCCGCUAAAGAGAUUUAAAGAAAGAGGCGCUCCACAUCCGCUAAUGGUAACGCUACCUCACUCUGUAUCAAUGCAACCGCUAAACAACACGGACUUAAUACGGCUCUAAGGAUUUUAUAUGCUCUCUUCUUUUUAAAGUGAAUGAUGAUUAUUUAUGUUUUUAUUUGUAUGUAUUGUGGUUUUAAUGCAAUGAUCCUAUUCUGUAAAGCACUUUGAAUUACUUUGUGUAUGAAUUGUGCUAUACAAAUAAAUGUGCCUUGCGUGCUCCC